GCGGGACACCGUUCUUUCCUUCCUUCCUCCCUUUCGAAACGCGCAAAAACCCUCUCCGACUCUCCCCUUCUCCCACUCUUCUCCGGCGGCGGCGGCGGCGGCGGCGGGAGCGCAUCGGAGAUGAUCAUCCCGGUGCGGUGCUUCACCUGCGGGAAGGUGAUUGGGAACAAGUGGGAUCUGUACCUGGAUCUCCUCCAGGCUGACUACACAGAGGGGGAUGCUCUGGAUGCAUUGGGUUUGGUCCGUUACUGCUGCCGGCGAAUGCUCAUGACCCAUGUUGACCUCAUCGAGAAGUUACUCAACUACAACACGCUGGAGAAGACCGAGACAGCAGGUUAAGUUGACCCAGCAUGCUCCAGAACUCUUGUUCCUUAUUGCCUUUGUUCACGAAUGUUCCAAGGAAUUUGUGUGAUGAUCCAUGCUGCAUUUCAACUAUGUAACUGUUACCGUGAUGUCAGAUGAUGGAAGUGAUAUAACUAGUGGGCAGAGUACCUCUGGUUGUGUGUGAACUUGUUUUCAAGACUUUUAUAUCAAGGGGGGUAUGUUCCUGCAGUAAUUUUCUUAUUGUGAUUUGCUAAUUUGCUGUAUGGAUAAUGGGCUGUGUUUUUGAAAAAAAAGGGUGGGCUUUUGAUUUC